CUCCCAUAGAGGUGAGAGCGCAGAUGUCAUGAGAAAAGCGACCACACGACCAGAGCGCAACGACCGACGCACCGACCAACCUCAGCCCGCCUCCCUGCGCCCCGGUCUGGGAUGCUUUUAGCGCAGAGACGCCUCCACUCAGGGCAGCCAGUGGACGUCGUCGCAGAUCAUCUACACUCUUUUCGUUGUUGUUAUUUUUAACCGAGGAUCUUCCCCCCAACCCCCCUGCAACCCCCUCCCCAUCUUUAAGUGUUUAUGUUUGUUUCUUCAUGACUGCUGCUUUGGGAAGCGAGCCUCAGCACCAGCUCCAGCAACGCCAACACCAUGCGAGCCCAAAUCGAAGUUAUACCAUGCAAAAUCUGCGGAGACAAAUCAUCAGGUAUCCACUACGGAGUCAUUACAUGUGAGGGAUGUAAGGGUUUCUUCAGACGGAGUCAGCAGAACAAUGCAUCCUACUCCUGCCCCCGCCAGAGGAACUGCCUCAUCGACAGAACAAACCGCAAUCGCUGCCAACACUGCCGCCUGCAGAAAUGUCUCGCACUAGGAAUGUCCAGAGAUGCGGUAAAGUUUGGCCGCAUGUCCAAGAAGCAACGCGACAGCCUGUAUGCAGAGGUCCAGAAGCACCAGGCACGACUGCAGGAGCAGCGGCAGCAGCAGACAGGCGAAGCAGAAGCUCUGGCACGUGUUUACUCAUCCAGCCUAACCAACGGACUGUCCACCCUUAACCAUGAGAUUGGGGGCACCUAUGCCAAUGGUCAUGUCAUUGAGCUGCCCAAAGGUGGCCAUGGUAACGGAGGCGGAGUCCCGGGGGGCUACUAUGGAAUGGAUUCCACCCAACCGUCUCCAGACCAGUCAGGGUUGGACAUGUCGGGCAUGAAGCACAUUAAGCAGGAGCCGGUGUACGACCUGACGCCUGUACCCAACCUGUUCAGCUACGGAGGCUACCAGGACAGUCAGCUGGGACCCAGUAACGUCAGCAUGGGAGAGCUAGAUCGUAUUGCUCAGAAUAUCAUCAAAUCCCACUUGGAGACAUGUCAGUACACAACAGAGGAGCUGCAGCAGCUUGCCUGGCAGACACACUCCUAUGAAGAGGUCAAGAUGUACCAGAGCAAGCCCCGGGACGUGCUGUGGCAGCAGUGUGCCAUCCAGAUCACCCAUGCAAUCCAGUACGUGGUGGAGUUCGCCAAGCGCAUCUCAGGGUUCAUGGAACUGUGCCAGAAUGACCAGAUCCUCCUGCUCAAGUCAGGUUGUCUGGAGGUAGUCUUGGUGCGGAUGUGCAGAGCGUUCAACCCUCUCAACAACACUGUGCUCUUUGAGGGGAAGUACGGAGGCAUGCAGAUGUUCAAAGCUCUAGGUUGUGAUGACUUAGUGAGCGCGGUGUUUGACUUUGCCAAGAGUUUGUGUUCACUGCAACUGACAGAGGAGGAGAUUGCUCUGUUCUCAGCAGCUGUACUAAUUUCCACAGAUCGGCCAUGGCUGAUGGAGCCUCGGAAAGUCCAGAAGCUCCAGGAGAAGAUCUACUUUGCUCUGCAGCACAUUAUGCAGAAGAACCACAUGGACGAAGAUGCACUGGCUAAGCUGAUCAGCCGAAUCCCAACACUGUCAGCCCUGUGCACUCUUCACACCGAGGAGCUCCAGGCCUUCCAGCAGCUCCACCCAGAAACAGUCAACGUCCUCUUCCCUCCGCUCUACAAAGAACUCUUCAAUCCCGACCCCAACUCUGCCAUGGCCAUGCCCAAGUGACUGCCUGUGGUUCAAAUGCAACAAACGGUGCCAGCGCAGGACCAAGAAAAUAAGACCACAGCCACGUCUGAUGAGACGGCAGUGUCGACUAUGUCAUCAUCGUGGCAUCCACAUAUUCCUGAGCUCCCCCAGCCUCAUUUCAGGCUGGGGGUCGAGGAAUCAUCUGCCAGAAACUUACAGUUACCGCCAACAAUACUAGGAAUGUCCAGCACUUAUCCCAUCCUGUUCACCGAUACAGUCUGAAGAAUGUAUAUAUAAAUGAAACGCGCCCCAAGCCACGACCUGAGCGGGGCUUCCUCCUGUCUCCUGAACUGAACUGACUGACCAGAAAUGUACAGACUUUAAAACAUCUAGGAACAAUUUUAAGCUGUCAAUCUUUAAGAAAAAAAAAUGGGUAAGUUAAUUUGUUUUAACUUUGAAAAAAAUCUUUUUUUUGUUUGUUUGAUUUUUUUUUUUUUUUCACAUGAAGACUUUGUGAAGUUGAAGAGGCUGGAUGGGGGAGGGAAAUGUGGAUUUAGAGAAGCUAUUGUAGAUAUUCUCCUAGUGCAGAGCGGAUUCCAGUAUUAUUCUUGUUCUGUUAAAAUAAGUUAGUCCUAAUUUAAAUAUACAGCAGCCCACUGUGGCUGACUAUACCUUGUCUAUGUGUUUUUAUUUUAUUUGAUAGUUUCUUGUGUACAGAAUUUGUAAAGUUGAGACUUGUAAAAGAAUAUUGGGUAAAAACCGGGAGCCGAUUCGGGUUUGUUGAUAUACGGAAGCCUUGUCUGGAUUUUGUUCAUAUGUAAAGAAGGUACUAAAGCCUUCUGAUGAGAACUUAUAGAAAUGUAAAGAGAGCAUAUGAAGGAUUUAAAAAGAAAAUAAUGGCUACUACUUUUCAAGGUGAAGAUAUAUACAUAAAUAUUCUAUUUUGCAAGAAAAAGAAUCUGGCAGAUUUGCCGUCCUAUCAAUCAUUUUUUUCUCGCUGCAAUAAUUACGUCCAAUAAAAGCUGGACUGCUUUCGAACAAUCAACCAGAAACAACCAAUCAGAAACUAGGACCUCACAAUGAACCCCCCACCUCUUCCCAAAGUCCCCUCAACCUUCCCCAUUAUUUCUUAUGUAUUAGGGCCUUGACAUGAGAUUUCAGCAGACAGAAGUGUACAGAAAUUUCACCCACAAAAAAAGAUAAAAUCAAGACAAACUCACAACUUUCCAAUCUUCAAAGUGUGUAUGAGCGCAGUAUGCCCUCAUCCCUCCAAUUACUAUUUGCACAAUCCAGUCCAUGGAUGUCAAUCACUCCGGGCUGUGAAUAUGAAGGACCCUUUUCUCUAAAGAGCAAUAACUUUCACACUGCCUUUCUGAUGUUACUCCUUUCCUUUCCUCCUCUUCAGCUGUUCAGAACAGGGUAGCAGUUUUAACUGGAAUGCACUAUAUUUGACGAUUCAUCAUUAAUUCUGUCUAACAAUCAUCUCUAUGGAUGGCACUCAUUCCACCACAGACUCUGCAGUGUUUUCAGUGUGACACAACAUGAUCUGGGGUUAGGACAUAAGACAGAGCACUGACUGAAAGAUGUGAAGAAAUGCCGAUCAGCCUCCAGCGAUCUUUAACGGCAUUUAAAGCUGCAAUAUUGCAUCAAUGAUUCAUACAGGAAGCUGUGAUAGACAAUCACUUUUUGCUUUUUUUUUUUUUUUUGUCAUUCCAUAAUUAUUAGCACUUACAGACAUUACAAUCUACAGUCAUUUUUUGGUCACUUUUUCUACAUUAACAUUAUGUUGAUUUGCAUUUGGCCACUAUGUAAAAUCACACUGGUUUUACUGGGCGUUUAAAACUAUCUGAUCAUGGUGUCGUGAUCAUCUGGCAGUUAUCCCUAUCUUCUAUGGUGAAGGAACAAUCAUUGAGCAGACACGUUGUUGAGGUUUGUGCAGUUCUGUGUUCAGCCACUAGAUGCUCUAUAUGCAUUGGUUUUGUAAAGAGGUCUGUAAUGAGCUAUGACAACAACAAAAAAAUGAGAAGUUUACCAAAAUAAGUGACCCACUUCAUAAUAUUAGCACAAAAUGAUUCUGCUGGUGGUAAAUUUACAGUUUGAAAACUUAAUUCUUGUUUGAUAAAUUGGCACUUAGACUCUUACCUCAGCCUUAAUUACUACAAUUAUAUUAGUGGACUUAGAUUUAGUGUUAUUUAUGAUGACUAAAAGUGGAUUUCUCCAUUAGCUCGUCUGAUGUUUUCAAAUAUUCAUUGCACAGUGGCCAAAUCUCUAAAUCUCUAUAGGCAUGAACACAGUCACAGCAGUUAUGCAUUCAUUAAACACUUGAACCGUUAACGUUUUCACCCCUCCGCACGUUUUCUCCAUGUGAUGGGCAAAACGUUGUGUACAGCAACGUUAAACAUUAGUGUUCUGCUCACAUCUAUCUGUUCCAUGCUGUGUUAGUGAUCCAUUCACAGCAGUUUCCUUUCUUCAACCACUCCCCCCCACCCUCCACCCCCCCGACCCGACCCAACCUGACCCCAGAUCAGAGGCCAGUGACUCUUUAAGACAAUCACUUGCUCAUUAAGGCUCGAUGCACUACACAGCAUCUCUCAGGGAGCAGCUCUUUUUCUGUUCGCAUUAAAAGAGGGUUUAAUAUUUUUGCAAAUUUACAAAAAAUUUAAUUAUGAAAGAAUAACUUUUUAGGAUAAAAAAUGGCAUACUGUACGCUGUCAAUGUAUGCCUGCAAUUGCAUCUGCCCAGACAAGGCUUUGAUAAGUGUGUGUCUGUGUGUAUGUGUGUAUAGAGCAUGAAUUCACUGUCCAAAUCUCUUUAGAGCCCAGACUAUAUAACAAGCAUUGUUACGUAGCACAAGAAAAACAAAAAAAAUAUACAUAUACAUAUAUAUCAAUAUAUAUUUACACUAUAUGUCAGUGUGCUAUUGUCACCACUGUACACUCAUGUUUACUGCUUAUUUUGCUGCUUUCGGGACAGUGAGGGAAGUCCACUAGUAAGCUGUGAAUCAAGCGCCAUCACAACACCCCUGGGACAGUGAAUUCCAACUCUGAAUAUGAAGUUGUUGUGUGUGAUGUUUUUAUUUUCCCUUGUUAGACUGUGAAUCAGAGGGGUGGGAUGGGGUUGUGAAAGGGGAUGUGCUGGCAAGAACGAGUGGCAACGCAACACUGUAAGUAAGAUACUGUAGCAAUAAGAACUGGAGGCAUUUACUACUGUCAUGUUUGCAUUGUAAGAUUAUUUUUUAUUUUAUUACUAUUUACUAUUAUUAUUGUUCUUAUUAUGACUACUAUUCUUCUAUUACUAUUAGCCUAUUGUUGUUCUGUUCUAUUUGCAUGACGUUUCAUUGCAAUGAAACAUUUGGGGCUUAUUUGUGUUUUCUCUUCUCAUGAUAUUGUGGGUUUCGUGGGAGGGGUUAUUGGCAGGGUGGGCGAUGGGUUUCAGGGCAAAUUCUACGUCAAUUCAAUCAGUUCAAAGCAAAAAAUUUUUUCACAAGCUGAAAGAAUUUUUAAAUAAAAUACUCUUAUUUAUACACAACCAAUUUAAAAAUUUCUUGUUGGAUUUGAAAUGAUUUUUUUUUUCUCAACCUUUGAAUGUGUGAGUUGGUUUAACCAGACAGUGAACGGCCCUUUUCUGAACUGGCCUUAUUGAACCAGAUCAGAGACCCUUAACCUGCAGCGGGAGGGAACGAUGCGGGGAGGGUCAUCUAUUCUGAAUGUUAUGGAGUAGCCUGUUCAGUGUGAGGGGCUGAACGCAUCAUGCGCCUUUACCACUCCAUCGACACGGACUGACAUCACAGAGCGCACAAGUAAAACCAGUCGUCAUUAUAUGUGACAACUCGGACAAUUUGUGCAGACAUUUUUAAUACACUUGGUUUGAAAUGCAUUUCCUACACUUAGUCAAAUACACUCCAACCCAAACCUCCUCCUCCCUUUCCUAAGAAAACCUGUAUGAUCGUGUGUGUUUGUGUGUGUGUGUGUGUGUGUGUGUGUGUGUGUGAGAGACAAAGAAACAGAGAGAGUGAGAUGAUGUUUGCUCUACCAAUGCUUUGUAAACUUUCUUGAUGCAUUACACAUGCGUGCAAUUGGAGUAGUGUUGAAAAUUGUUAAUUUAUUGUUUAGAAUGUCUUUGCGUCCCAGCAAGAGCAAAUAAAACAAAAUGUAGCAAUCUGUAACCGAAACCUAAAAGGUGCUUGGGCUACAGAACCUCUUUUACACAGGACUAACAAAACAAAACGAAACAAAACAAAAAACACAAAAAAAUGACUUUUUUUUUUGUUUUCAAAGUGCCAUAGCUAGUGAGGAGACGAGGGAUUGGCAGAGUGGGGCGUAGAUGCUUUACUGUGUGAGUUUACUUGAGAAACCAAUCAAAAAAAAGGGGAACUCCACGGAAAAUGUGUAUUUGAUUACACUGACAAACUGUUUUUACAUUUUAUGCUUUUUUCAUUUGGUGAGAGGGGACUCUGCUUGACUCUGAACUCUGACUCUACUAUAACUCCAUGAGCUCUACUGUACAGUUUUCAUUUUCACACGAGAAUGAAAGAGUGCGCGUGUGCAUGCAUGCAUUUGCAUUUAAAAGAGCCGCAAACACCCACAUUUGAUGGAUCUGACUGGGUGGAAGUUCAGAGCAAUGCAGGGCCCUUAGUGAGUCCUCCUUUGAGAUGUAUAUACAAUGUGAAGGUCUGAAGUGAUUUUUGUUAAAUUCUAUAUUUUAUCGCUUUUGUAGACAUUUUGUUGUGGGAAGAAAAAAAAAUAAAAGAAAUUUUAUGGGUGCA